UGUCAGCACAAACCAAUUAUUUUGUCAAGCAAAGUGUGACUCUAAUUGCUUGCUACCUCUCUGCCAGACUUUUACAAGUUUUUAAAAUGUUCCUAUGUAGUGAACGGCAGCAUCGAAGUGCACUAGGACAUUACAGUAUGUGACUUCGUUUGUGACCUUCUGGGCUUAAAAAGAUGACCCCUCAACAAAGCAUUGGCCCCCACUGCAAAGUAAACUGCAAUGAGUCAAGUAUUCAAGAGAAGGAGAAGAAAAUGAGGACAACGCUUCAGCGAAGACACUCUGGCCAAUCAGCCAUCACAAAGGCCUUCAGCAAACCAAAGGGCCACAGCAGGGAUGGCGUCCCAGUCCCAUCACCAAGAGCACAGCUGAUCCAGAGCCUAACGUCCCAGAGUGCAGAGUUUGUGAUGGAGGAGCGCAUGCAGCUCAGCACUGGACCGCAGACCCAAGAGAGACACUUGUUCCUUUUCAGUGACACACUCAUCAUCACUAAAUCAAAGUCUUCCUCAAGCCUCAAACUGAAGGAGAGCGUGAGGCUGUGUGAGAUGUGGUUGGCUUCUUGCAUGGAAGAGGUUGCAGAGAGAAAACUGAGCUCAAAGAACUCUUUUGUCAUUGGCUGGCCUACCACCAAUUACGUGGUGACUCUCAGUUCAUCUGAGGCGAAGGAGAAAUGGCUUUCAGCUUUACAAUGGCACAUCACCAAAUCCAAGAAAGUGGAAUAUCCCAGCAUUCUAACCAUGAAGGUUGUUUUCAUGAAUAUUGGAAAUAGUGCAAUGACAACUGUGAAUGUGAACAAUAAAGACGACAUUGACAAAGUCAUCAGGAUCCUCACCCAACAGUUAAGACUCACUGGCAGACCCACUGACUACCGCCUCUGGGUUGUCUCAGGGAGAGAGGAAGCCCCAUACCCUCUUAUCGGUCAUGAGCAUCCCUUCAGUAUUAUCCUAAACUCCUUGAGGGAAACGGACCGCAAAGCCUUGGCAGUCACCAACAACAUCCUGACUGUAGAUGGGAGCCUCUACCUUGAUCACCUUCUCAAAGACGCUUCCGGCCCUUGCUUCAUCCUCAGGCUAAAGGCUGAAGGGGGAGGACAUGGCCGAGCAGAUUCAACUCAGAAACAUAUCAAGAGAAAGAGGUCUCUGAUAGACUGGGCCCUAAGAAGACAUGGCAGCCAAGCAGGUGGAUAUCCUGAAUCCCCCACCACUCCUCACAAGCUCUUUGGUCUUUCAUUGUCCUCCAUCUGUCGUCAUGGAAACCUACCCAGACCCAUCAUGGACUUGCUGAAUCUGUUGUAUCACGAGGGCCCCACCACUACAGGGAUCUUCCGGCGCUCGGCCAAUGCUAAGACUUGCCGGGAGCUGAAGGAGAGACUGAACUCCGACAACAGCGUUCAGCUGGAGGGGGAAUCUGUGUUUGUUGCUGCAUCAGUCAUCACUGACUUUCUGCGCAACCUCCCUGGCAGUGUGCUCAGUACUGUUUUGUAUGAGAAGUGGAUGGAUGUCAUGGCGGCUGAUGAUAUUGAGGACAAGAUUGAGUUGAUAAAAAGACUAUUGAGCCAGCUUCCAGAGGAUAAUGUUACCUUGCUCCACUACCUGUUCGCCCUUCUCUACCACAUCCAGAAGCGCUCGCAGGAGAACCAGAUGAACGCUUUCAACCUGGCCCUCUGUAUCGCUCCCAACAUGCUGUGGCUGCCUGUUCCCACUGGGCCGGAGGAGGAGAGUCAGUCCACUAAAAAGGUUGCAGCUCUUGUUCAACUCCUCAUUGAAAACACCCCAGCCAUUUUUGGUGAAGAUGUUGAGUGCAUUUUCACUGAGCCAAAGAAUGAACAAGGAACUGUAGAGGAUGUCAUGGUGGAGUCUUACCAGCAGGUCUACUCGUCUGAUCAUUGGGACUGUGAGAAGCAAGAAGGACUUCACUCUCCUAACAGGGAACCCUUUUUCCUGCCACUGGGGAAACUGGUCUUGAAAGAAGAGAAAGAGAUUUUGGGGCUUCUGAAUGAGGUUGACUCCUUGAAAAAGCAACAUGUGAACGAGGACAGCGCUUAUAGCUGUGGGAAUCUAGACUUAAUGUCUUCCCUCUCCAGUGGGUCUAUCUGCUCCUUGAUGGGGACCCAGAGUCUUCGCUCAGCCCGCUGCUCCUCGGAGCCCAUUGUGUGUCUAGGCUCCCCCCGGUUGGGGCCCCACAGCCAGCUCUACACUCCUGUCGCCCGCCAGUCCAGCUGCGAUGCAGCAGUGAUGUGUGGCCGUGCAGACCACUCCCAACACACACACAAAUCCCACACUAAGGGGCUACUAAAGGGGGACAGUAGCCCCAGGGUAGGUGGCAGCAAGUCUAGGUAUGCCUUCUGGAGGUCCCCUCAGGUAGCCUCUAGGUUCUGGCACCCUGCCCAGAGGCUGGCCGUGUCCAACAGGUCCAGUUUCUCCAGCCUGUCCUCCACAGCCACCUCCCCAUCUAGCUCCUCUCUGAGCUCUAUAGACAGCGCCUUCUCCUUCUGCUCCGACUGUGUGUCCUCUCCCAACGAGUCCAACUCCCUCCCCUUCCUUUUCGGCAUGUCGGCACGUUUACGCCCUCUCACUCCAGACACCCCGAAGAAAUUCCCAAAAGACUGGAGCAUGACAUUCCCAGCGGCAGUGGCUCAGGCACCCGAGGUUUUGGACUGGUAUAAUGAGUAUGAUGAGAGAGAGGAAGACAAGGAGCAUUACCGUUCUAUUAGGAUUCAGAAUAGAGAAGACCACCAGAUGCUCACUCAAAGCCUCUGUAGUUUAAAAGGUGAGAAUAGUCAAAGCCCUGUCCCUCAACCAGAUGACAGUGAGAAGAUUCUCUCUGAUUGGAGAGGGGAGCAGGUGCACCAGAAGGAUAAAGUGUUCGAGACGUCAGAGUCAAAGGGGCAGACCAAAGAAACAUCCAUUGCACACAUACAGCUGAGAAAAAGAAAAAAAACAGGCUGUCAAGAAAGAAGUACAUUUUAAACCUCCUCUAACAGAAUGCUGGUUAAAAAACAGUCUGAUCAAUCUGUGGAAGAGUGUGGAGUCUAUCUGGUGUCUGACACAGGGAGAGAACAUCAGGAAAAUGCAGAACUGCUGGCCCAAAGUAUGCAGCUCCACAUACCGCAGACAGUGUUCUAUGGUCAAAACACUCCACUGGUCCUGCAUUCUGUGUCAACCAGACAAUCUGCCAAUAACGAGAAAGGAGCAAAGGCCAAAAUAGAUAUUCACCGUGGUGAAGUGGUCCCUGAACAGUUGGGCGUUGGGUGCACCCCUCUCUCCCACACAUCAUCUAAAACUCAUGGCAAAACUGCAAGCACAGUCAGCCACAAGACUGCAAGAACAAUCAGCCACAAAACUGCAAGUGCAAUCAGCCACACUAUUAGAAUAAAACUGCCAGCAACUGUCAGAAAUACUGUGAGAGAAUACUUCAACUCAAGUGACAGCAAGAAUGGCCACUCAGAUGCAAAAGCGAUCGAAAAAGAGCUCCUCAUAAGUAAACUCCAGUGGCAAAGUAAAAUGUCGGAACCAACAGAAAAUGCCACAAAGCUAUUACAUGGUGAGGACUCAGUUGUCUGAUUGUUAAUGCUCAUCAUUUGGUGUUUUAUAAUGGGUUAUCAGAAUGUAGAUAAUCCUGGAUUAUUUCAUCCUCCUCUUUGUAUGUAUUUAUUGCUAAAUUAUGAAUUAAGUCAAUGAAGGAUCCCACUUGGCACAGACGUCAGUUCAACGUCUAAUUUUGAUUUACAUUAGGUUGAGUUGUCAUCUAAGAUGAAUUCAACAUGAAAACAACAAACCAUUUCAACAUGUCAUUGGAUUUAGGUAAAAAAUUGGGUGAAAAAAUUACAAGAUUCCCUUAAAUUGAUGACUUUUUGCAAAUCAAAUCAGUUUUCCACAUGGAUUCAACAUCAUCACAUUUAAUUUUUUGGUUGAAAUGACGCGGAAACAACAUUGAUUCAACCGGUUUUUGCCUAGUUGGAUGGUGCAGAUUGAAUGCAGGCAUUGGGAUUAUUGAUGAAUGCAGAUGAAUGUAUGAAGGAUGUUUAAUGAAAGGUAAGCAAGGCAGUAAGACUGUCACAUGGUCAAGACUGAAGGGGUUGGUACUUGCAGUUCAUCUUGUCAAACGAGUCAACUUGAUGAGCAAUUUCAACAGUCUCUGCAAUGUCCUGUGUGUAGUUACUCAGUGGAAAUGAGUGUUAUUUACUCAAACCACUCAGACAGAGCACUUCUUCCAACUGAGUGGGGAUGCUUAAUGCUUCUGUAUAGAAAAUGAUUGAGGCUAUGAAUAAGGACCAGACAUCUUGACAUCAAUGUGAUGUGUGUGUUUACUGGAGGGGCAGUGAUAAUCUGUCGGUGAAAAAGUAAAAACGCCAAAAUGUGAGGCAAAUUAGGUAUAAGAUGCACAAUUUGUAUAUGGGCAAACACAUACACAUUUAUUAAAGUUUUCAUGGGCUUACCUGGAUUCUGUUUUGCACACAAAAAACAUACAGAAUAAUUGUAACAAUAUAAAUACCUGAGAUGGAAUAGUAUCCAAACUGAGUUCCAAAUACUGUAAAGUGAUUGCAUGGUGUGCAACACAUAUUCCUGCUGUAUAGUUCACAUCUGGUUAAUAAGUAAUCGCCUACUUCUAAUUUUUAUCGCUAAAGAAAAAUUACCAAUGUAAAUCACAUUGCAUAUAGUGAGUAAAAAAAAAAUAUAUGUUUUUGCACAGUUCAGUGCUAUUUCGCAUUUGCCAAAAUGGAGCCUCAUGUAUAGAUCUCAUUUAGAUGCAUUGAUAUAACGGUCUUAAAUAUAUAAUAACACAUACUGUACCACUUUUACCACAUCAUUGUUUGUGUUUAGGCAUAUUUUAUCCUAGAACAAUAACUUUUAACAAGAAUCAAAUGUGGCGUUAACCUUCAUAUCAAUGUGUGUACGAGUUUAUGUUGAUGGCACCACUUAUAAUAAAUGAUGUUGGCCCUGAACAUCUCUGAAUAUGUUUUCCCAUGCCUUCUCAGUCCCAGCAUUCUAGGCAUAAUAUUAAAAAAAGACAUGGUUAAUUAGCAACUUAUUGUUUUGCACAAAGAUUAAGUGGUUUUAAUAAGUGGGUCAAACUUUUCAACAAAAUUAAUUGUAGGGAAUUUUAUGUGGUUUAUGGUACCUCCUUCUGUAUAAUGAAUGUCUAGCUAACAGCAAUUUGCAGAGCUCUACUGAAUAAAGCUGGUCCAUAUUUCUAAA